GUGUCCAUUACAUAGCCUAUGCAUCAUAUUUCCGCCGGUUGAAGGUAUAUAAGCUCGCGAGAGCGGCCGAGAGGUCCACUGCAGUGAACAGAUUCGACCUGAGCAACCACCCCUUACCUUCAGAGAUCACCCUGAGCUAAAAACAAAUCAAAAUGGCAUUAGCAGCAUCCCUGAACGCGGCUGACAUCACUGCAGCCCUUGCAGCCUGCCAAGCUGCCGACUCUUUCAAGUACAAGGAAUUCUUCAAGAAGAUCGGCCUGGCUGCCAAGAGCGCCGAUGACAUCAAGAACGCCUUCAAAGUCAUCGACCAGGACAAGAGUGGCUUCAUUGAGGAGGAGGAGCUGAAGCUGUUCCUGCAGAACUUCUCUGCAUCUGCCAGAGCUCUGACCGAAGCCGAGACCAAGGCCUUCCUCGCAGCCGGCGACGCUGACGGCGACGGCAUGAUCGGCAUGGACGAGUUUGCCGCCAUGGUCAAGGGCUAAAUGAAGAAGUGACCAACAUCUUACUUCACUACUCUAAAGGAACAACUUGAGCCAAGACAUACUCCUCCUCUCCUCUUCCCCCCUCUCCUCUCUCUCUUUUCAACUCUCCACACCAGUUUUAUACAUUUGCCCUCCCCCCCCCCGGACCGUAACCCCCCCUGCAUCUCUCUCUCUCCCCCCCCCCCUCUGGCCCUGCUAUGUCCAUGAUGAAUGUACCUGGUUGACUUGUGUCUCUCUCUCUCGCUCUCGCUCUCAUUCACUCCUGUCCUUGUUUCACUAUGUGAGAUUUGCUUACUGUGAGAUCAGUGAUGAUGCACUUUUAUGGGAAACGGACAGACGAUGAGAAAACAAUAAAGGUUCUUUUUCAAUAAG